AUGCCAGGCUCCAACGAACCAGACAAAUACGAGUCUAUAAAAGGUGUGCUUGCCUUAGAUGGCUAUCUUGAUCCUUUCAAGGAUGAGUUGCUCUAUAGAAGAGGAUUGGCGGAUAAAUGGAAUCAAAAGUUUGACGAAGCUGAAGGAGGCAUUUUAAACUUUGCAGGCUCAUACAAGACUUACGGUCUACACUGUGCUGAUGACAACAGUGUUAUCUACACAGAGUAUGCCCCAAAUGCCAUUGCGGCUUCUCUAAUUGGAGAAUUCAACAAUUGGUCCCACGAUUCGCAUGUUAUGACGAAGGACGCUUUCGGAAAAUUCACCAUUACUGUUCCUCCUCUCUCUAAUGGGAAGUGUGCUAUCCCGCAUGACACCAGGGUCAAGAUUUUGUUGACACUUCCAUCCGGUGAAAAGGUGGCCAGGUUGCCUGUGUGGAUAAGGAGGUGUACUGCUCCUCCUGAUUGGUACGAUAACAGGAACUACGAGGCUAGGUUCUGGAAUCCACCCAAAGACCAAGUUUACCAGUUCAAGAACCCCAGGCCCAAAGAACCUCAAUCGCUGAAAAUUUACGAGGCUCAUGUCGGAAUCUCAACGCCAGAGCCACGAAUUGGAACUUAUUUGGAGUUCGCCAAGAACGUACUUCCUCGCAUCAAAGAGUUGGGCUAUAACACCGUCCAACUCAUGUCCAUCAUGGAGCAUGCCUACUACGCCUCAUUUGGUUAUCAGAUUACCAGUUUUUUUGCAAUCAGCUCGAGAUUCGGAACUCCCGAAGAGUUGAAGGAGCUCAUCGACACGGCCCAUGGUCUGGGUAUUCGUGUAUUGCUGGACAUUGUGCAUUCACAUGCUUCCAAGAACGUUGAUGAUGGGCUGAACAUGUUCGAUGGAACUGAUUACUACCUGUUCCAUUCUGGAGGCAGAGGUAAUCACGACCAAUGGGAUUCUAGAUUGUUCAACUAUGGUAACUAUGAGACGCUUCGUUUCCUCCUCUCCAACCUAAGAUUCUAUUUGGAGGAGUACCAGUUUGAUGGCUUCAGAUUCGAUGGUGUCACAAGCAUGCUCUACCUUCACCAUGGUCUAGGUGAAGGGUUUAGCGGUGACUACAAUGAAUACAUGAACUCGCAUGCUGCCGUGGACAAAGAAGCCAUUUCCUACCUGAUGUUGGCGAACGACCUUUGCGCCAAACUUGGUGAAGUGGAGCAAACCUCGUUCACCACGGUGGCCGAGGAUGUUUCUGGGUACCCAACUCUUUGUUGUUUGAGGAAACAAGGUGGAGUUGGGUUUGAUUUCCGGUUGUCCAUGUCCAUUCCAGACAUGUGGAUUAAGGUCAUCAAGCAUUUGCAGGAUGACGACUGGAACAUGGGCAACAUCGUGCAUACUUUGACCAACAGAAGAUAUGGCGAGAAAUGCAUUGCUUAUGCAGAGUCCCAUGACCAGGCUUUGGUUGGUGAUAAGACUCUGGCCUUCUGGCUCAUGGACAAAGAGAUGUACACCAACAUGUCUGUUACAACUGAGUUAACCCCGGUCAUUGAUCGUGGAAUUGCUUUGCAUAAGAUGAUCAGACUGAUCACGCAUGCGUUGGGUGGUGAGGCCUAUCUCAACUUUGAGGGCAACGAAUUCGGCCAUCCUGAAUGGCUUGACUUUCCUCGUGUUGGUAACGGAGACUCUUACCACUACGCAAGAAGGCAGUUUAACCUCAUCGAUGAUGAUUUGUUGAGAUACAAAUUUUUAUACAAGUUUGACUGUGCCAUGAAUGCCACUGAAGCGAAAUACGGGUGGCUGAACUAUCCUCCGGCAUAUGUUUCUUUGAAGCAUGAGGGAGACAAGGUCAUUGUGUUCGAAAGACACAACCUCUUGUUUGUCUUCAACUUCCACCCAACAAACAGUUUUGCGGAUUACAGAGUUGGUGUUGAUAAACCUGGAAGGUACAGGAUCAUUCUGAAUAGCGACCGCACGGAGCUUGGUGGCCAUGGCAGGAUUGACGAGUCCAAGUCCGAGUUCUUCACCACCGAUUUCCCUUGGAACAAUAGGAGAAAUUUUGUUCAGGUCUACAUACCUUCUAGAACUGCGAUUGUUUUAGCAUUGGAUGAAUAG